UCAGCAGCUUCGCUGAGUACAGAGAUGACGCCAAAAUAAAAUAUAUUAAUAGUAAGAAAAAAAGUCUUACAUUAUUUUUUUAAAAAGAGAGAAAUGUCUGAUAUUCCCGGGUUUUACCCGCAUCUCAGUGCCCGCCGUGCCCGGUCAUUAUACCAGUCCCUGCGGCAGCCAGGGAGCGGCCUGCCGCCUGCAGUACACCCCGUCUGCCAGUAGAUGGCGGCCGGAGAGGAGGAGCCCCGGCAAUCGUGCGAUGAUGAAAGCAGCAGAAGCCUAGGAGCGGGGCCGCCGCCUCUGAUCACCGGAGACCUGGCCAGGCCGGCACCGGAGUCACAGGCCGCUCCUGGCUGGAGAGGCCCCGGAGUCACAGGCCGGACAUGCCGAGAAUCUCCACCAGGAUCUCCACCUCCUCCUCCGUGUGAGCGGGAAUUCCCCUGCCCUGACCGAGUGAUGGACCUGGGGGUGUUGGAGGACCACUUCUCCCGGCCAGUGGGACUGUUCCUAGCGUCUGACAUCCAGCAGCUGAGACAGGCGAUUGAGGAGUGUAAGCAGGUGAUCCUGGAGCUUCCCGAGCAAUCGGACAAGCAGAAGGAUGCCGUGGUCCGGCUCAUCCAUCUACGGCUCAAGCUGCAGGAGCUGAAAGAUCCGCACGAGGAUGAGCCCAAUAUGAGAAUAAUGUUGGAACAUCGCUUCUACAAGGAGAAGAGUAAAAGUGUGAAACAAGUGUGCGACAAGUGCAGUACAUUCAUCUGGGGCCUAAUCCAGACCUGGUACACCUGCACAGGGUGUUACUAUCGUUGCCAUAGCAAAUGUCUGAACCUCAUUACCAAACCCUGCGUGAGGUCAAAGGUUAGUCACCAGUCGGAGUACGAAUUAACCAUUUGUCCGGAAGCCGGCCUGGACACCCAGGACUACCGCUGCGCCGAGUGCCGGGCACCAAUCUCCUUACGAGCUGUACCCAGUGAGGCCCGGCAGUGCGAUUACACCGGCCAGUACUACUGUAGCAAUUGCCACUGGAACGACCUCGCCGUCAUCCCAGCGCGCGCCAUUCACAACUGGGAUUUUGAACCACGCAAGGUGUCCCGGUGCAGUAUGCGCUAUCUCACGCUGAUGCUGGGCCGUCCGGUUCUGAAGCUGCGCGAGAUUAACCCUUUGCUCUUUAACUAUGUGGAGGAGCUGGUGGAGAUCCGGAAGUUACGUCAGGACAUCCUCCUCAUGAAACCGUACUUCAUCACGUGCAAGGAGGCUAUGGAGGCCCGGCUGCUUCUGCAGCUACAGGAGCGGCAGCAUUUUGUAGAGAACGAUGACAUGUACUCCCUGCAGGAUCUACUGGACGUCGGCAGUGGGCGUUUGGGCUGCUCCCUGACGGACAUACACACCACCUUUGCCAAGCACAUCAAGCUGGACUGUGAGCGCUGUCAGGCAAAGGGCUUUGUGUGUGAGCUGUGCAAGGAGGGAGACAUCCUGUUCCCAUUCGACAGUCACACGUCUGUGUGCCAGGACUGCGCUGCCGUGUUCCACAGAGACUGCUACUAUGACAACUCAACCAGCUGUCCGCGGUGCAUGAGGCUAAACCAGCGGAAGCAGAUACAGGAGCCUGGACAAGAGGCAUGGCAGUAAUGAGGCCUAGGCUCUGCGACGAGCAGGAGAGAGACAUGAAUUGCGAACAGUCCGCUGCUGGGAUUUAUAGUGCUUUGUGGUCACUGCUGUGCUGACAGAGGUCUCUGGAACUUAGCACAAAAAAAAGCAAUUAGAAACCUAGAUCUGAGGACUCUCAUUUUAGCCUCUAUGGUCCUGGGAGGUCUAUGACACAUUCCAGACUCCUGUACAAUGGCCGCCUCCCAGAUUAUUCCUCCACCAUACUAUGGAGACCUGUCAGGCUUCCUUCAGACGUUCUACAGAGAUGAGAAUGUGCACUUAUUCCUCAUGUACACUGUCUGUGGUGCCUUAUUGCCACAUUACACAUGGUAGUCCUACAGUGGAGUCUACUGCUACAAGACUUGCCUCUCCUCUAGCUUUUCUGCUGGGAGCUGAGGGCUCUAGUGAUGAGGUCUUUCCAAAGACUGCAAAGCGGAGCAGGCGUAGUAGUAACCUGCUCAUCCCCUUGAACUCUGUUUCUGGACCAUGCAGUUUGGGUCUGCUUCUUCUACAGGGUGGACGGGCUCUGGCGUUUCCUGAUCCGUGCAGAUCCAUCUGCAACAAGGGAAGUCUAUAGGGCCUGCUCCAAUGGUCUCAUGGAACACUAGGUGCUGGGGUUAUGUUCUUCUUCUUCUCUUCGUAGCACUUUACUGAGGAGGUGCUAAGAUGACCCGGGGGUUAUAAAGCUAAAAACGGCUAAUGCACAUAAAACCUCUAUUUACACACUAUGUUAUACAAUGGAUGUGGCGACAUGAAUAAAUUAUUUCUUGCCACUUU